GCUAAGACACCCGAGUUAAAAAAGAAACCGAAAGUGGUCAUAUCAAGCUGACCAUUUCUUAUCACCACCAGUGUACGUUCCAUCUGGCAGUAAGUGAAGAGAAGAAGCACGUGGCAAGAGUAGAAUAAAAAGUAACAGAGUAUCUGAAGUAGUUAGACGUUGAUAAGCAAUCUGGCGAACGAAUGACAAUCCGAUACGUUAUGAUGGUACGAGUUUUACCGAGGGCAUCAGUUUUGCUGUGGCUGUGUUUGGUGCUGGACGCUGCUAGGGCUACCUUCGGUGACGUAACAACGACAACAACGCCGUCCAACAUGACCGACAUUCAACAGGUUUUCACCGAGCAUGAAGUGAUUCCCGACGUGAUCGACGUCGCACCGAAGGAGUUCGCCAAGAUCUCCUACCCAAGUGGCGUGACGGUCGAGGGAGGAAACGAGCUCCGACCGACGCAGGUUAAGGACCAACCGAAAGUCGAAUGGACCACUGAACCGGACGCGUUCUAUACGCUCUUCAUGGUUGACCCGGACGCACCGAACCGCCAGGAGCCCAAGUUCCGCGAGAUUGGCCACUGGCUGGUUGGGAACAUUCCCGGCACGAAGGUGGAGGAUGGUGACCAUAUGUAUGGCUUUGUCGGAUCGGGCCCACCGAACGGAUCCGGACUGCAUCGGUACGUGUUUCUCGUGUACAAGCAACCGACCGGUCGCAUUGACUUCUCGAAGGCCCCGCGCGUCUCAAACCGCAGUCGCAACCAUCGUUUGAACUACAAGCACCGAGAGUUUGUGAAGCAGUACGGGUUGGGCGAGCUGGUGGCCGGAAACUUCUACCAGGCACAGUAUGACGACUACGUACCGACGCUUCACGCUCAGCUCUCAUCCGGUACGGAGUAGUGAUAAGGAUUAAUAUGAUUUUCUUUUUUCUGCAAUGGAAUUUUUCACAAUGGCAAUAAAAAAGGUACAAGAGGUUUACA